AUGGCCGCUACAGGCAAGAAGACCAAAAAGCCAAAAUGGGUCAAAGCCAACAUCACAGACAUCAUUGCAGAGCCCACUACAAUCGCGACAUCAAACAGUUGGGCAGACCCCGCAGAUGAAGAACCCAGCUAUGGACACUCAGGCUUGCGGAAUACCCGCCCUGUUGUUCUGCCAUCGGCCUCUCGUGCAGCCCGAGGCGGUCUUGCUGUUGACGAUGAGAGCAUCCCAAAACGUCCACCAUACAUUGCACAUAUAUCCAAUCUGCCUUAUGAUGUUGAUGAUAGUGCUAUAUCAGACCUCUUUGAGGGACUUAAGAUAUCCAACCUGAGACUGCCACGUGAAGGUGACCGUCUCAAAGGCUUUGGUUAUGUUGAUUUUGAAGACAGGGAGAGUCUUGUCAAUGCUAUGAACAUUCCUGACCUUACAAUAGGAGGCAGAAGGAUAAGAAUAGAGGUUUACACAAAAGAGAAUGACCGCCGCGGCAUGGGGCGCAGCGGAAUGGGCCGCUCCGAUCGCGACAGGGAAUACGAUCCGGAACGUACUAUGGGAGACUGGCGGUCUGGACCACGGUCAGUGCCCGAGAACAACCGCGCCCGUGCACCCCCGGACAACAGAGACCGGGAAAGGGACAGAGAUCGCGAUCGCGAACGGGACCGGGAAAGAGACUCGAGCGUUGACAACAAGCCUGGGGCGUGGCGAGACGCGGAGAGACCUAGCGAGCCCCCGCGUACCCCUUACGGGGGUCGGGACUCUUACGGAAGAGACCGCUAUGGUGACAGGGAGCGGGGCUUCGGUCGCGACGGGGAGAGGAGCGGCUACGGCGGCCGAGACGGAUUCCGAGCUGCAGACAGGGACGGUGGAUUUAGCCGCGAGAACCGUGGUUUUGGCAACAGAGGUUUCGGUGAUAGAGAUAGGGAAAGGGAACCGCCCAGGGAAGAAUCAAAGCCACGCGAGCGUCCGAAACUGAAUCUACUGCCUCGCACGGUGCCUCGUGACCCCGAAGUGCCCACUAAGCCAGCGGACGGUGCUCCCAUUGAUGAUAAGCCUGCGGCACCCAAGCCUGUGCCAGCUGAGAAGGUGUUUGGCGGGGCCAAGCCAGUAGACACAGCUGCCAAGGAACGUGAAAUUGAAGAGCGUUUACGUAAGCAGGAAGAGGAGGCGCGUCGCGCAGUCGAAGAGAAAGACCGCUGGGUCCGAAGGAACGAUCAUUCCAACGACCGACGCCCUGGUGCUAGACGUGACGAUCGCAGAGACAACCGUAGCUACAAUAGGGACCGGCGCGACUAUUCGAAGGACGACAAGGAGGAGCGACGCGACAACCGGGACUAUUCGCGGGACAAGGAUUACCGGGACGACCGGGGUGAACGCUCGCGGGACAGGGACGAACGUCGCGAGCCUAAAGACGACGGGGAACAUAAAGACGACGACGACCGCAGGGACAGUCGGGAGCGUCGCGAGUACUCGGGCGAGAGGAAUUCGCGCGAUAGAGACGCCGACAGGGGCGAAACUGAGAGGAACGGGCGGCUGUCCCGCUCUAGGGACAGGCGCGACACGCCUGAAGAGAAAUCACUGCCCAAGCUGAAGGAACAGGAGAAACCGAACUUCAUAGCAUCAAACAAAUUUAGCUUCCUAGAAGACGCCGACGACGGCGCCUCAGAUUAG